AUGGCCGCGUGGGGCGGCGCGUUCCGCGCAACGCGCGCGGCGUGGAAGAAGCGGAAGGGGCCGAUGCUGAUGCCGGGGCUGCUGGAGGCGCAGCAGCUGGCUGUGGCUCGGCAGCCCGAACGUGUGCUUCGGAACCGAGGCUUGGUGGAGAUCGGGCAGGUCUGCCUGCCGAACGCGCUGCAGCAGUCGAUUAAAGCCAUCGUCGCGGAAGGCGCAACCAGUUCCGCGCACGUGCACCGCGACGUGCGCCGGCUGAUGUCUGCGUACGACGCGUUCUUCAGCGGGUGGCCGCAGCCGUCCGCGGAGCGCCUGGCGGACGACACGCGGGAGCCGCCGCUGAUGCGCGAAAUGGACGUGGGGCGCAUUCCGGACGCGCGGAUGGUGCGACUGCUGCGCGGAUGGGAGAAGAACUCGUGGGGGAAGGGCACGGAGGAGGGCGGGGAAGGGGGCGCGGGGGAAGCGGCGGAGAGGGGGAAAGGGGGGGCGCGGGAGCGGGGGGAGGGGGGGAGGCGCGCAGUGGAGUAUGGGGAGACGGAGGCCCUGGCAUACGCGGCUGCGCGCAUGCCCUCCACCUAUGCCGCCGUGUUCCGCGCUCUCACUGAGGUGAAGCGACGACUGCCCUCACUCUCGCCCUCCUCCCUGCUGGACUUCGGAUCCGGGCCUGGCACCGUGAUGUGGGUGGCGAGCGAGGUGUGGGGCAGCACGGUGCAGCGGGCAGCAGCAGUGGAGCCCGCUGAUGCCAUGUGGGCCAUGGGGGAGCGCAUCAGAGCUGUGGCAGCAGCGGGUCCCAGGCCCCCACGUGCGCUGCGCGAUGCUGUUCGGUACACCAGUCUGCAGCACCUGUCAAGGGAGGCACGCGGGGCCGACAGGGUGUUUGACGUUGUGGUGGCGGUGAGAGGGGGGGGGAAGAGGGCAGGGGUGGGGGCGUAUGCGCUGGGCGAGGUGGACUCAGUGGAUGAGAGGCGCGCCAUUGUGGACCGCCUCUGGAGCCAUGCACGCCAUGUCAUGGUGCUGGUGGAGACAGGCAACCCACGCGGUUAUGAGGCCAUAGCCAAGGCCAGGGCGCACAUACUGCACACACAGAGAGCGGUGAGCACAUGA